CACCAUCUCUAAUCUCAAAAUAGAUUCUCAUCAAAAUGAACAAAGGAAAGAAAUCCACAAGCUCAACCGGAUCAAAAAUACCAGCAUCCGUUCCAAGAGCAUCUACCUCAUCCAGUGCGCCUACCUCAAGUAACUCUUCCAACUCUGCUGCUGGUGCAUUACAAACACUUUUCAAAUCAUACGGUGAUAAUACACCUGCUCGAUUAAAACUCAUCGAUGCAUUUUGCGCAUUCUUGGUUGUCUUGGGGGUUAUUCAAUUCGUUUAUUGUAUUGUAAUCACCGAUUAUCCUUUCAAUAGCUUCUUGGCAGGAUUCUCCGCAACAGUCGGUCAAUUCGUCUUGGCUGCAUCAUUGCGUAUACAAGCAAACAAAGCUAACACUAAAGAUUUCAACGGAAUGACACCAGAGAGAGCAUUUGCAGAUUUCGUCUUUGGCUCGAUUGUGCUACACUUUUUCGUGUACAAUUUCCUAGGGUAAACGUAGGCGAAAUCAUAACAAUUGUAUAUUAUCUGGUCUCAAACAAUCUCAUUCCUGAUUGAACUAUACUGCAU